AUGUGUGAUGGUGUUAGAUCCUAUUAAUUUACGCAGUUCGUCAGCUGUGCUGCUAAAUUCCGAAACGAUGUCGGAAGGAACAUUAGAAAGAAAUCGCGCAGAAAAAGCUUUAAUUGUAACAAAUAAAACACCAACUCAUUGCCAGUUCUUCAAGAAUUCUGGAGUUAAAAAUUAUUCAGAUAAAAAUGGCAAUGAUGUUCCUAAAUCAGUCAAUAAAAAUAGAAAGACAUUCGCGUUUUGGACACUUGUGUUUUUAAUAUUUAUUUUUGGUUUUGGCAAUUUGUUUCUGACAUGUACAAUGCUGUUCGUGCUGCGGCUUGGCCAAGGUAUGGAGAGUAUGGAGUUUUUACCGGAACAUAACGCUAUCAAAUUCUUCGGCGACACGGAUUUUGAGCAUCUAUACAAGAAGGAUGGUUUAAUAGAGAGCUUUAAAGACACGCCGCUGACAAUAUCUAGCGAAAAUGGAUCUGUUCUGCUGAAUUUACAGACUAAACCAUCUCGCUACGAGAACAAGCUGACAGUGAACACGUCUGGAGUAUUCGUCCGCGGAGUAUCAGCUAUGGAACUGACAGACCCUGACUCCGGGGAGGUGGUGUUCAGCACCGCAGCUACUGAGAUGAAUGUGCCGGACGGAGUUGGGAACAUUCAUGCUAAGCAAGUAAUAGUGAAAAGAAUAGCAGCCCCAACGGACGAGGAUCUGCUCCUGCGCUCCGAGGCAUCAGCCUACCUUCGAGGAGCAGAAGGGACGCAUAUGGAAUCAAAAGAACUAUUCUGGAGCGCAGACCAGGACAUCUACUUAAAGUCCAUCAACGGUUCUAUAGUUUUAAGCGGUAAAGAUGGGGUUUUUAUCGAUGUUAGGUAUCUCCCCAUCGCCAGUUCAGUAAAUAGGACUGAUAAAUAUGGACAGGGGACUGGGCAGUUUAAAAUCUGUGUUUGUAUGCCCCAAGGAAAGUUGUUCAGGAUUGCUGUGCCGACGGGGCAGAAAGUUUCCUGUGCCCAUAUCAAUAUGACAGGGGAUUUGAAUCCUUGUAUGUAGAUUCUGAGGGGUUUUUGUGUCACGAUCAGCUUGGAACUUCCC